GCGGCGCGCGCCGAGGACGAGCUGGGCCGCAAGGCGCUCAUCGGGCCCGACGACGUCCUGGCGCUGCAGCGGGUCACGAGCGAUUAUUUGUGCACUCCAGAGGAAAAUGUUUACAAGAUCGACUUCACCAGGUUCAAAAUCCGGGACAUGGAGUCUGGCACGGUGCUGUUUGAAAUCACCAAGCCGCCGGCUUCAGAACGUGAGCACAAUGACAAGAAGGACAUCGACCCCAAUGCCGGGCGGUUUGUACGUUACCAGUUUACCCCAGCUUUUCUGAGGCUACGGCAAGUGGGAGCCACGGUGGAGUUCACGGUAGGGGACAAACCCAUUAAUAACUUCCGCAUGAUCGAGAGGCAUUAUUUCCGGGAUCAGCUGCUGAAGAGUUUUGAUUUUGAGUUUGGGUUCUGCAUCCCCAGCAGUAAAAAUACGUGCGAGCACAUCUAUGAAUUCCCACAGCUCUCCGAGGACCUCAUUCGAGAGAUGAUCCUUCAUCCGUAUGAGACACAGUCGGACAGUUUCUACUUUGUGGACAACAAGCUGGUGAUGCACAACAAGGCAGAUUAUUCCUACAGUGGAGGACCUUGAGCAUAGGAUGGACAACCAGCGUACGUUGGCCCUCCCUUUCCUAUAGAAGUUGUCAGGGAUAACAACACCUUCAGUUCAGUUGUCUGCAACGUCAACUGAACAAGGAUCUACAAACCAAGGACUCUUUGCCACAGUAGGAGUUUCAUGACUUAAUUGGCCAGUCUCCUCUUUGGGCUUUGAAGCAGACCCAGUUCUCCAGAAGUUUAAGCAGUUCUACGACACUAAAUGAUCUUUGGAUACCACUGUCCGAAGUUCUUUAAGUGUCUGCUUUGGAAAUGGCCUUGUGGGACUUGGGGAAUUUUGCCCUAAUUCUGUGGAUUUGUGUUCCUGUCCUGAGGUAUCUUUUAGGACAUGGUGGCUUUCUGAGAGACUGUGUGAGUGGAUGGAUGCAGAUGUAGAGUUGUGUCUCUCUGUUUCUAUCUGUGGAUGCUUCAGAGGCAUGGUCAGUUUAACUUUUACAUUCAGUUAAAAAUGUUCAGUGUAACACCUUACAAAAGCAAAAGUUUCAUCCUUAGAUUAUUUCUCUAAAUAAGUAUCAGGUCCUUUUUUUUUUUUCCUUUUCUUUUUAAUCUAUUCUUUUUAAUCUUGGAAACAGUGGAACUUGCAGUGAAGAUGAGUAGUUCAAUGAUAGGCCUGUUUAUAGUCAGGCACUGUCUGUUGAGAGUCUACAAACUGUUAUAAGCGUUCUCAAAUUAUUUAAGUUUUCGCAAUUAGAAUGCAGAAUAAUCAGGAAAAAAUGAAGACUUUUAUGUUAGGCUGACAUUAUUACAUAGUUAACAUUCAGCCUAUUCAUGGUUGGGUUUUCUAUGUCUUUUCU